AUGAAUACAAAACUUAAGGGCCCUAAAGAUUUUAAGGCCAGCAGUGAAUUAUUAUCAGCCGAUUCAAGUAGCGCUGAAAAUUUUAAACAAACAUUCCAAUUAUUUGUGGAAAAAGAAGGAUAUUCUCAAGAUUCCGUUCACAAUGCCGAUGAAAGUGGCUUACUCUGGAAAGCACUACCAAAAAAAUCACUUGCUUCUUGUCAAGAACAUGCAGCACGUGAUCUUAAGGUAUCCAAAGAAAGAGUAACAAUUAUGACAUGUGCUAAUACUACUGGGACCCAUAAAUUGCCAUUACUACUCAUAGGAAAAUCAAAGAAACCACGGUGUUUCAAGAACUUCAAAAGUUUACCUAGUAACGAUCAUCACAAGACAGGUAAAGUGUUACUAGACAAUGCACCCACUCACCCAUCCACCGAAGUAUUAAAUUUUAUUGAUCCAGAUUAUCAAGUCAUGUUUCUUCCACCAAACGUAAUGUCUUUGAUUCAUCCCAUGGAUCAGGGAGUAAUCGAAAAGUUCAGAAGAAUGUACCGAAAACAAAUGUUGAGGAAACUUUUAUUAAAUUUAGGCACUGAAGAGAGUGUUGUUGCAUUUUCAAAAUUAUUGAAUUUGAAACACUGCUGUUACAUGGCAGCAAAUGCCUGGGAUAAUUUGACUGAGAAAAAUUUAUGA